ACAUUUAUUGAUGUUUAAAAUAUUUUGAUGUAAAAGUAUGAUUGUUUUUAAUGCAGUCACAUCCUCAUUCAGCACCUGGUGCACUUACACGUUGCACUUUGAAGUCUGUUGUACUUCGGGCUUAGAUGCUGUUGCCCCCUCUUCGAUGUCCUCGUCAGAGCUUUCAAGAUCCCAGCUCAAGCUGUCUUCGGAAUCGUUACUGGGAUCCUGCUCAAGGAACAAGGUUUUUGCCAGGAUCAAAUCUAAACUUCGGUCGCUCCUCCUCUCCCUCCCUCCCUCUCGCCUUCUGGGAGACGAUGAGGAUGCGGCGGUACCCACCUGGCUCCAUCUCCGUGCUGGGCUCCACAGGACUGGGGGACGUGGCCCCAUUCGCCUGAGAGACUUCUGCAACAUCAUUCAACAGCUUUUUCGAAAGUGAGGAUAAGUUGCCAGAUGUGGGAAUAACCAUCGAACAUCGUUGGGAAAAAGUUGUGUUUAACUCCCGCGUGUUUGAUUUGAAAUUGUUCCUUGGAACUGUUACUUCAACUGUUUACAAACUAUGCAGCAUCAUUUGGAACUAGGAGGACAUUAUUAUCCUCCGGAAGCACAUCCCGACCACAGAUCCCACCGCUACAGGAGUUUCAUGAUCGAAGAAAUUUUGACGGACCACCCUGACCACAAAGUGGCCGCGCCGGCUGGAGAGCUCCUCAAAUUUGGAGUACAAGCUCUUCUUUCUGCACGGCCAUACCACAAUCAUUUAGUCUUGAAGGCAGACCAGGCCGGUAUCCUGAAGUUCCCAAUGUCACCCCUAUCGUGUUCGCUAGGAGCGCCGCUGGGAUCCGCACUGCUUUCCGGCGCUGGCCUGCAGGUUGGUUCGGCCUCACAUCAUUUGCCUCUGGAUCUCCAUCUGCGCAGUAAACUUGAUCCCGGCGGGGAUGGCGUGAGCAAGACAAAGAAAGGAAGGCGAAGUCGAACAGUUUUUACUGAACUCCAGCUCAUGGGCUUGGAAAAAAGAUUUGAGAAGCAAAAAUAUCUCUCCACACCAGACAGAAUAGACCUGGCUGAAUCACUAGGCCUAAGUCAACUUCAAGUUAAAACGUGGUAUCAAAACAGAAGAAUGAAAUGGAAGAAAAUAGUUUUACAAGGAGGAGGACUGGAGUCUCCGACCAAACCGAAAGGCCGGCCGAAGAAGAACUCCAUCCCAACAAGUGAACAACUCUCGGAGCAGGAAAAGUCUCGGGAAACGGACCGACUAUCUGACAGUUCCUCCUCGACACGCUCGGAUUCUAAUCAAGAAGAGUAAAUGACUCUAAUAUUGUGUAGACGAGAACUUUCUGUCAACUGCCAAUCUACGCACUACCGCCCCCAAAGAGGCCUGUCACCUCUGGAUGCUCUCCCGCAGUUGGCCGUUGGCACCUCGGACAUGCGAGUUACAUUCUUGGAGACUUGGAGGUCUGCUUAUGUUAUAAUUUUGCCUCUACGAUUCCUUUUCCCACCGAGUGUUCUUCCUCCAGCGUCAUGGUGAACAGACACUCCCGCAUGCCUUGUCUGAAAGGAGGGAGCAAAACUGGUCAGUACAGAUGAACUUUUUGUAUUGGAGAACACUCAUCCACACUCAUUGUGCAUAUAACUAAGCUGAAAUGUUAUCUUAACAGUAUGAUUUGAUGCAAUUAAAUAUGUUUUUUCACA